AUGGACGAAUCUGCAGGAGAAACGGGACUGCAGGCCGAUGCAAGUAUACACGGUCCUGUUGACAAUGGAGAUUGGGCGGAUUCGAACGACAACAGCAUUGCACCUGAUCCUGCCGCUAAUGAAUACAUACAGACUCUAGAAGAGCGUCUGUCCAAACUGGAGCGCAAAAUCCAUGACUUAGAGGGUGUUUCGCCAUCAUAUCACGGCCCAGCCCAGAGCGAUGAGACCACUACAGAAUCUGAUAUAGGCAGCGUGAGCUCCGUCCAAGGUGACGAGCAAAGCAAACAAAUUCCGAGCUUACCGCAAUCUGCUAAGCCUAUGAUUCCUAGUCUUUCCAAGGUUGGCCGGUUUGGCUUUCACAACUUUCUUGAGGGGGACGAUGUGUUUGCGAUAGAUGUGUGCUCCGUCAAGUCGCCGGGCCGUAAUAAUGACGACGGUUCCUCGAGGAAAUUCAGAGACAUGGGACCAAGUAUGGACUAUAAGCGGGGGGUGGAGAUGUUUUUAGAUCUCAAAGUCCCACCGACAGGUGAUGAUGUUGUUGUUUGUAUUCGGAUAAAUUCUAUGGCCAUUUUGACUCUAUUGCACGACAUUGAUCCCAGAGUCCCGAUUGAUGGGUCGCCUCUACUAAUCGACUGUCCAUUUUUGAGUCUGAUCCAUUAUCAUGACAAGGUAAAGCAGAUUCUAGAUCGGACUCGCGACGAGCUUGGUCUUGGGUCUCACUCAGCAGUGGCAGCAUCGGAUAUUGAUGCGGAACAGCAAGAGAGCCGGCAUAGUGCUGAGGAGCUUCUCCGUCAUAUGGACCCCUACAUGCAAUUUAUGGAUACAGAGGUGCUCCCUAAGUACCGCCGCCUAGGUUUCCCAGAAACCAACACUGUCAACGCAAAGGUUCGCUUCAGCGAGUUACCCUAUCUCUUCAGGCGGGACGACGAUAUCUACCAGCCAGCGGCUACCAACGCUCUUUCAGAAGACUUCCUUGAGCAUCAGGAGGUUUGGAGAAUUCACCCUGAUCCGAUAUCUAGCUUUUAUCGGAAUUCGAACGAGGAGUUUGGUUGUUUCUCCCUGGAUUGUUAUCAUAUUGCUUUCGACGGAACAUCAUACGUACCGAUCAGACAAUGUUUAGCAAUCGAGGAAUUUGAGGGCGAACGUGACGUGACGUCGCUGUCCAUGUAUCCCAUUCGAUUUAUGCCAAAUCACCGCGAGAUUCUGAGUGAGCUACGGAACAGAGGGGCGAGGUUUCUGGAAUAUAUCAGCUCGAAACAGGUGUCGUACCAGGGAUGGGCCUUGCAACAGCCAGACGGCCAUGGAAACGACCGCACAUACAUAUCAAGCAAUUUGGUCGUUGACUUUGCUGAAACUUCUAGAGCACAUCCAGAAUGGUCAGUUAACUUCAAUAAAACAGAUUGGAAUGAGAGCAAACCCUUUGUUUACCCCCGAGACGACCAGUCAACCUUGUGGGGGUUGAGUCGGACCACCAACAAACUUGUUUUCAAAACCCACAAGACUGAAUCGCUGUAUGGUCUUUCCCUUUCCCAUGAACAAACGGACAUCUUGCUCCAAAAUCAUCCAUUUGUUCUUGAGUAUUCGAAGAAACAGGAGGAUCAUCCUGCCAUCGGCCAGCUCCAAGAUGAGCCGAAGAUUCAGGGACAUGAGCUCGUCCUCCUACCAAAACGGCUGUUUGCCUACGCCUUACAAGAUCGAAAAUUCGUCAUGUUGGACAUAGCAAAUGCAAAGUCCAUAGCUCAAACAGGGGACCCUUUCAAGGAGUUAAUCAUCUCGCGGAGUCAUAAAGAUAUGAUAUCAUCUCUUGUUCACGCUCACUUCGAGAAAAAGCAAAUGGAACAGUUACACGGUUUCUACCACACCAGCCAGGAUAUCAUCCAUAACAAGGGCCGGGGCCUCGUGAUUCUACUGCACGGCGUUCCUGGGGUAGGCAAAUCUUCGACAGCAGAGGCCGUGGCGCAGCGCUGGAAAAGACCCCUUCUUGCUAUCACCUGUGGAGAUCUAGGCUUGGAAGCUGCUGAUGUUGAGCACUCCCUCAAGGAGAUCUUCCGGCUGGCACAGCUUUGGGACUGCAUCUUACUCCUAGAUGAGGCGGAUGUUUUUCUAUCCCAGCGCUCUGUUUCGGAUUUGCAGAGAAACUCGCUUGUAUCCGUUUUCCUGCGCGUAUUGGAGUACUAUUCAGGGAUCUUAUUUCUCACUACUAACAGGGUGGGACAUAUCGACGAGGCGUUCAUGUCACGCAUUCACAUGAGCUUAUACUACCCGCGGUUGGAUCUGGACCAAACAGUUGAUAUAUGGAGGAUGAACAUCGAUAGGCUGCAGUCAAUCGAAGAUGAACGCAGCGAGGCAACGGGUAAGCCAGCACUCACCAUUGUCGCCGACGAGAUACUGGCAUACGCCAAGAAGCAUUUCCAUGCUCGAGGACCGGACAGAGCAUGGAACGGCAGACAGAUACGAAAUGCGUUCCAGACCGCCGCUGCACUCGCGCGCUACGAAUCGGAUACCUCAUUGAAUGAGGCGAACAAAAAUCCCCAUCAUGUUUUAGCCCGGCACUUUAAGACAAUCGCACGAGCUGGCCGCGGGUUUGAGGACUACCUACGCGAAACUAGAGGCAAGAGUGACAGUGAUCUCGCAUACGACACAAAAGCACGCGCAGACCAUAUAAUCGAAAGCAAAUAUCAAACCCAACCCAUAAUUUCUGAAGCAGCCAGUGGGCCCGGGCCGAGCAAAUACCAGGGCACGUAUCUGAAUCCUAAUCAAGACAACCAUCUCUCGAACAUUCAGGCAGGAGGAUACCAGACCGCACCACAGUACAACAACCUCAGUAGUGGGCAGUAUACACCCAAUGCGUACUCUCAAGGACGGGCGUCUCCGCAACAGUUUCACAACGCGGGAACAAACCCAUUCAUAAGUAUGAAUGCUGGAAACCCGAGGCAUACCACGUCCUCGCGGUCAAUGACUCCGCAGCCGCCUAUGGAGUCUAGAGGCGGGAACUUCUCGUUUGAGCGUGUGGAAGCCCCUUCUAUAGCCAUGGCGCAGUAUCAGUGUCACGUUCCUCAAGAUGAUGAUGAGCUUAGUUAUUGA